AUGCGGUGGUAUUUAAGCCUAUUGCCGUCCCUCGUUCUGCGAGUCGGCCUGCUGCAGACAGGCGCACUUGCUGCGACGGCAUCUGUUCACGAUUCGUCUUGGCAGCCCGAGUAUGUGAUCCAUGCGACAUUCCAAGAUGUUGUCAUCAACUGCCAGCAUCGUCAGUCCGUAGUGUUGAAUGGGACGACUCCAGGCCCCACGCUGCACCUCAAGGAAGGGCAGACGACUUGGGUCAGGGUGUACAAUGACCUCCCCGACACGAAUUUAACCAUGCACUGGCAUGGGCUCACCAUGCGGACGGCGCCCUUCUCCGACGGCACGGCUGCCGUGUCGCAGUGGCCCAUAGCCCCGGGCAGGUUCUUCGACUAUGAGAUCCAUCCCGAGAUUGGCGACGCUGGCUCCUACUUCUACCACUCUCACAUAGGAUUCCAGGCCGUCACGGCUCACGGGCUUCUCAUCGUCGAUGAGGAUGGGCCGCCGCCGUAUAAGUACGACGAAGAGAUCCCGCUGAUGUUCUCCGACUGGUAUGUAAAAUCGGAUCGCGAGAUAGAGCAGGGUCUUACGGCCUCGCCCUUCAAAUGGUCGGGGGAGCCGGUGGCUGUGGCCCUGAACGCGCGCACCGGCACCCGGAUGUUCCCUCAAGCCUCGGAUGUCUCUUGCACGCCGUUCAUCAUCGACGUCGAACCUGGGAAAACCUAUCGCCUGCGAGUCGUGGGAGCGACGACCCUCUCCUACGUCCACUUCGCCCUCCAGGGUCACCCGGACCUGACUAUCAUUAGUGCCGACGGCCACUAUUCGAAGCCCAUCACGACGAACCGCAUCCAGCUCGGGAGCGGCCAGCGAUAUGACAUAUUGCUGAAAACUAAGAGUCUAAAGGAGUUGAUAAAGGAUAAAAAACGUGGGAUCUACUGGCUCCGAUACGAGAGCCGAGGUCGCUCUAAGAUCAACGGAGGAUACGCGCUGGUACGAUACAGGUACCGUUCCCCCUUCGAGAGUCUCGACUCGGUUUUGGGGCGGACACCCGGCUGGCUACCCAGGCUCCCUGUCAAGUCUCCCGUCCGCUUGCCGGCGGACGGCGCCGACCAGAUACUCGACUGGCUGGAGUACAAGCUCGAGCCCCUGAAGCCGACGGCCCCGUUCCCUACGCUCGCAGAAGUGACACGCACGGUCUACAUCACGAUCAACCAGGACAUCAUCGGCGGCUCGUUCGAGGGGGGCGUGGUUACGGGUUCGCUGGUGUGGAAGCAGAACAAUCUGACGUGGACGGAGAGGGCCGCGCAGCAGCACCACUUGGUGCCGUACCUGAUCGAGGCGUACGUGCGAGGCAGGACGCCGAACUACGAGGCGGCGCUGGCGAACCGGGGCUGGGACCCGCAGUCGAGGGCGUUCCCGGCGCGGAUCGGCGAGGUGCUCGACAUCGUGUGGCAGAGCAACUCGGGGCCGACGGGCGGCUUCGAGUACCACCCGAUGCACGCCCACGGCGAGCACUUCUGGGACCUCGGCGCCGGCAACGGCACCUACCACCCCGCCACCAACGAGAAGCGCUUCCGCGACUUCACCCCCAUGAGGCGCGACACCACCAUGCUGAACCGCUACACCGCCAAGGGCGACGACCACGCCACCGCCGGCUGGCGCGCCUGGCGCAUCCGCGUCACCAAGGACAACGUGGGCGCCUGGAUGAUGCACUGUCAUAUCUUGCAACAUAUGAUCAUGGGCAUGCAGACGGUCUGGGUCUUUGGCGACGCCGCCUCGAUCCUGCGGGAGAUCCCACCGCCCUACAUCAACGGCUACCUCGAAUACGGCGGAAACGCAUACGGUAACGAGACAUACGAUCCCUUAGUCCUAGAUUACUUUACGGAUUGA